UGUGUGUGUGUGUGUGUGUGUGUGUGUGUGUGCAGAGAUGUCCACCCUGUUCCCGUCUCUGUUCCCGAGAGUGACCGAGUCUCUGUGGUUUAAUCUGGACCGACCGUGUGUGGAUGAAGCAGAGCUGCACCAGCAGGAGCAACAGCACCAGACCUGGUUACAGAACAUCGCAGAGAAGGACAAUAACCUGAUGCCCAUCGGUCGGCCCAUCUUUGAGGUGAGUGUGAGACAGUGAGAUGUGAUUCCUGUCGCUGGAUGAGUGUGUAAAACGUGCUUUACCUUCCGAAAGACCUUCGAUGAGGAAGAGGAGGAGGAUGAUGAAGAUGAGGAAGACAGCGAAGAAGACUCGGAAGACGAUGAAGAUAUGCAGGACAUGGACGACAUGAACAUCUACAACGAGUUUCCUGAUGAUGGAGAAAUUAAUGAGGUCGACAUGGAAGGAGCCGAUCAAGACCAGGACCAGUGGAUGAUCUAGACCAGAUCCAGACCAGAUCCUUCAGUCAGUGUGGCUUUGCUGUUGCUUUUCAAAGGCUUUGUGCAUGAGGAACUACGAUGGACUGGAAAGAAACGUCUGUGUGCAGCUGGACUCUCAAAACACACACACACACACACACACAGAUCACGAGACAUUGAGUAUUCAGUGUUACUGUGUUUCUGAUAAAAGCAGCACUUGUCGCAACAUGAACUUUUGUCACUUUUUAAGCUCAUAGAAACCAUACGGUGACUCUUUGGCCGAUCACGUUACUGAGUUAUUGUUUCUGCAUGUCAUCAAACAUCUACUUUACAGCUCUGCCUCACUAAAUCACCCGACGGCUGUUAUCAUGUGUUCAUGAACCUUUGACUGAACCCAGAGAUUAGGAACAGCUUUGUGCUGUUUGUAUCAUAAUACUUCAUUGUAGUUGAAAAUAAAUUUGUAUAGUCAAUUA